AUGCUGCUAAACCGAAGAUUGCGGCUGGGCGGCGGCCUGUUGGCGCUGGGCGUCGUGGCGCUGUUCGCGGCACACCCGCCGCCGGUCAGGGGCGGUAGCUCUCACAACCUGGAAAGCCACCAGUACAAGGACUCCAGGAAGUGUCUGUUGCACCUGACGGCCAGGACGCUGGGUUGUGGCGGCGGCGGCGGCGGUGGCAGUGCCGGUGGAGGUGGAGGUGGCGUCAAGCGGACGAUCGCGACGACCAUCAAACGCCGGCCGGACAAACGCCAACGUGGUGGCAACGAAGACGACGACAACGAUUUGGAUCAGAACAAUAACAAUUUCGAUUACAAUUACGACGACGACGACGGCGGCGGCGGCGGCGGAGACGGUGCCGACUCCCGGCAGACGUUUUACGAACCGCCGCUGAUCACCGACCCGAGGGACAGGAUGUUGCCCGUCAUCUACAGCCCGAGGCCCAUGUACGCGCCGCCACGCCAUCAGCAGCAACAGCCGCAGCAACAGCAGCAGCCGUACAACAGGUACGACGACCAAGGCGUCGCCCCGAUCAGCCCGUUCGAGGUGCCCAUCAUCAUCGAGUGUCCGCCCACCGAAGAUGGAUUCGAACGGUUUGCUUGUCCCACACCAGACAAGGAAGGACGGUUCAGGUGCAUAGACGAUCACGUCCUGUGUGACGGAUACAUUGACUGUCCAAAUGGCGACGACGAAGAUAGAAAGAAUUGUUUCUUCUUCAAAACAACUAAAGCUCAUCUGGACAUACUGGCAGACGCUCUUCUUCGAUGGGCAAGAGGACGCUAA